AUGUCGUCUUCAGUGCCGGGACCAGUACCGUUACCUCAGUCUAGGUAUGAUUUGGACACAUACUGGGGCCGUGUAAAACACUGCGCCGAAAUUUCAGACCCCACCAUGCUCCUAAACACAUCAAACGACAUUGAAACUGCAAAGAGAAUGAUUUGGGACUACAAGAAUGGAGUUAUUCCAACUAUGACUCCAGAAUUGUGGAGAGCUAAACGAGUGCUUGACUCGACAUUGCAUCCAGAUACGGGCAAGACCGUUUUUCUCCCAUUCAGAAUGUCUUCGUGCGUGUUGUCAAAUUUGGUGGUUACUGCUGGUAUGUUGACCCCCAAUUUAGGCACUGCUGGAACUUUGUUUUGGCAAAUUGCAAAUCAGAGUUUGAACGUUGCUAUCAAUAUCGAAAACUCCAACAAGUCGCAUCCUUUGACAACGAGGGAAAUUGCAACCAACUACACCAUGGCCGUUACAGCUUCUUGUUCAGUUGCACUAGGCUUGAACUCGAUAGUACCACGAUUGAAAAGUGUCAAGCCGAAUACAAGACUCAUUUUGGGCAGAUUGGUGCCAUUUGCCGCUGUUGUUUCUGCUGGUAUCGCCAAUGUGUUUUUAAUGAGGAGUCAAGAAUUGAAAAAGGGAAUUGUGGUGUAUGACAAAGAAGGAAACGAGGUUGGAACGUCGAAAUUGGCUGCUUGGCAUGCUGUGGGAGAGACUGCUGCAAGCAGGGUCAUUAACGCAACCCCAAUCAUGGUGAUCCCUCCUUUGAUACUAGUGAGAUUGCAAAAAUCCCGAUUAUUGAAAGGGAAAUCUAAAACAGUUGAGACAUUGGCCAAUAUUGGAUUGAUUUUUGUCACUUCGCUUGCGGUUUUGCCAUUUGCGUUGGCAGUUUUUCCUCAACGUGAGACUUUGCAUGCUAGUAGAUUAGAGGAAAAGUUUCAUCAUUUGACUGAUGCAAAAGGGAAUAAAAUCACAGAGUUGGAGUUUAACAGGGGUAUUUAA